CAGGGGAUGAACAGCCAGUAUGUCCGCCGAGAGGUCUUCUGCGGAAACACCUGCCAUGAGCUCAAACGCUUCUGGGAGAGAGAGAUCGGCAAACAGACAUUCUACCGCCAGUCCGAGGAGCACCGCCUGGGAAGGAGCGCGCUGAGAAAACUCAGGGAAGAAUGGAAGCAGAGGCUGGAAACGAAGCUGAGACUGCGGAACAAUCCAGAGGAGGCGGAAAGGCAGACAACAGUCAGCUGAGAGCUUCCUGCUUCCCUGACCCCUAGAGGACACAGAGCACCAGGUCACUGGGCUGGAAGUCAGUUAAACCCCAGUCUCUCUGCUGCUGCACAUCCCUUCCCAACGCCCAUGGUGGCUGUUUGCCAAGCUGUGCGCUCUGCGUGGAGGCCCGGCUAUUAUUCCAAAUGUCUCUGA